AUGCCUCCUCCCCCCGACGCCACCUCCGUCGUGGAUGCCCAGAAGCGCGCGGCCCCUGAGCUGAAGGCUGUCGCGGACUUCCUUCGCGGAAAGAAUGGACCGAAGGUCCGUCGCGGAGUCCUGAACGGCAAGCGUGUGGACUUCUUCAAGGGCAAGACGGCUGUCCGAGUUCUGCUGGGCCCUCAGUACCAGAAGCUGAAGAAGGUCCCCGCCGUCACGAACGAGCAGGAGGCCCACGAGCUUAUGACGAAAGUGCUGCCUUUCGGUUUCUUUCUCCGUGUCGACCGCCCGAAUGUGGACCCGCCUCCCCCUAGCGGUGUGCCCAAGCCGUUACAGCUAGCGCAGCAGCAGUCGUUCGCCCCCGACGUUUACUACGCGUGGUUCUACGACGGAAGCCCCUUCUGGAACAUUGUCGGUGGUAUCGCCAUGGUCGCCGUCAUGCUCGCCGGUGUCAUGUUCCCCCUGUGGCCGACAAAGCUCCGUGUUGGCGUGUGGUACCUUUCGGUCGCCGCGCUCUGCAUGGUCGGAUUGUUCAUCGUCAUUGCAAUUAUUCGUCUCAUUCUUUGGUGCAUCACCAAGGUGGCCAUGCCGAAAGCGAUCUGGAUCUUCCCCAACCUCUUCGAGGACGUCGGAUUCUGGGACGAGCCCAAGAAGAAGAAGCUCCGCAAGGUCGGCGAGGAGCGCAGAAAGGAGAAGCGGGAGAAGCGCGCCGCUGCUGCCGCCAACAACGCGCCCGUCGCGCCCGCUGGAAACGACAGCCCGGCCCCUUCUGCCUCCCCCGCGCCCGGCGGAUCGACCGCCACGGCCACCGGCGCCGAGGCGCCCAUCACUCACGCUCACCGCCGCCAGGCGACGGUUGAGGACGUUGAGGACGAAAACUAA